AUGGUAUCAACAACGGCGACGACGACGACGCCGACAGCGUUACCGAUUGCGGGACCAUCUCGCUCUCGCGGACCUGACAAUUGGCAUCCCACUAGAUAUCUAGAACCGAAUCAUCCUGAUAACGAAGAGGUACAAGAACAAGCAGCUUAUCAAGCUGCUGUCACAAGACAAGGUGGUGAUGAUAGGAAAAGAAAGAUAAAACCUAGAAGAGCAGUAGAUUAUCAAGGUAGUGUACAAAAAUGGCGUAUGUUGACCAAGAUGAAAGGUGUAAAUGAAUAUAGACCUGCAAUACAUCCGAAUCAAUCUGAUAUAGUCAAUUUAUUGCCUGCAGCAGCUCUUAGAUUGAAUCCGUCUACAUCAAUAUGUGAUCAAUGGGUACAUACUUCCAUCAACAAAGAGAGAUCUCCUACGAGGGUAGUUAGGUGGACACCGGAUGCACGUCGAUUAUUGACUGGAAAUGAUAAAGGUCAAUUCACGUUAUGGAAUGGAGCAUCAUUCAAUUAUGAAUCAAUCACACAAGUUCACGAUGAUAGUAUCAGAUCAUUUACAUAUUCACAUAAUGGUCAAGCAUUGGUAUCAACUGAUAAAAUCGGUACAAUCAAAUAUUUCACACCUCAUUUAACGAAUAUUCAUGGUUUCCAAGGUCACAGAGAAGCUUGUCAUGAUGUUAGCUGGAGUCCAAAUGAUGAAAGAUUCGUUAGUGGUGGUGAUGAUGGUUUGGUAAAAAUUUGGAGUUAUAGAGAAGCUAGAGAAGAAAAGGUUUUAUCUGGUCACGGAUGGGACGUACGAUGUGUAGAUUGGCAUCCUACAAAAGGAUUAAUAGUCAGUGGAAGUAAGGAUAUGUUGGUAAAAUUCUGGGAUCCAAGAACAGGCAAAGAUCUCAGUACCCUGCAUUCGCAUAAAUCCACCAUCAAUACUUGCUCGUGGAGCCCAGAAGGCCAUUUAGUGGCUACUGCAGGAGGAGAUGCGGUAAUCCGCUUAUUUGACAUUCGAACAUUCCGAGAAUUAGAAGCUAUGAAAGGGCAUACAAAGGAGAUCAACUGUCUCGAAUGGCAUCCCAUACAUCAUUCCCUAUUCUCUUCUGGUGAUUCAGCCGGUACCAUAAAUCAUUAUUCAUUGACUUCUCCGACACCCUCAGAACCUAUCACCUCGCUUACCGCAGCACAUGAAGAUGCAGUCUUCUCCUUGUCCUAUCACCCUCUCGGUCAUUUAUUAUGUUCAGGUUCUAAGGAUUUCACUGCUCGUUUCUGGCAAAGAGCAAGACCUGCGGGUGGACACGAAAAAGACAGAUGGCAUUUAGGUGAACAAGGCGCUUUAGGCGCAAAGAUGGAUAUGGAAAGUGGUUCAGGUUGGGGUGAUAAAGCUGGUCUAAAUAUAUCUUCACAAGGUCAGGGUCCAGGUCCAGGUCAAGGUCAAUCGUCCAUAUCGACGAUGAAAAAAGAAGAAGAAAUUGGUUUACCUGGUUUAUCAAAUUUAGUAGCUGCUGUAAAUGCUAAAGUUGGAUUGAACCCAACAAACGGGUUUGGGUCUACGAUAGAAUCAUCAACUGGUUUACCAGGCUUGGGAGCAUAUACAAAUAAUAGAGAAUCUGCGACUACGACCAAUCCAUUACCUCCAUUACCCAGCAGAGAAGGUAGGGAUGGAUUCUCAGGACCAGGAGGAUCGGGAAUGAGGGCUAGGGCACCACUGCCUUCCCAAGGAGAUAUGUUGAGGCAAAACACAUCGGGUCCAGGUCCAGGUUCACAAAGUCAAAAUGGAUUCAACGAAAGGGAAAGAGAUGGUGGAAAUUCAGGAAGAAGAGGAGGAGGCGGUGGAGGAAGGUUCGGUGGUGGAAAUGGUGAUAGACCACCAAGGAACAGUGGAUUCGAUGGACCUCCAGGUGGAAAUAAUGGUAGAGGAGGAUAUGGAGGAAGGGAGAAUAGGUAUAAUUCAGGACAAAACGGUGGUCGUGGAGGUGGUGGCUUCGACGGACAACAACAUGACGGAGGAGGAAGAGGAGGAUACGGUACUCCUCAAGGGUUUGGAGGUCAGAGCGGAUAUGCACCUCCAGGAGGCAAUGGAUAUAAUCAAUCACAAGGAGGCUAUGCUCCUCCACUUGGAUUUGGCGGACCACCUGCACAAGGACAAGGACAAGGACAAGGAUUUGGUGCACCACCUCCACCACCUCAACAAGGACCUGGAUACAGUGUUCCGCCGCCACAGGGAUAUCCACCCCAGAAUCAGUAUGGACAAGGUGGUCCUGCAGGUGGUAAUGGUGGCUAUGGUGGAGGAAACGGAUGGAGAUAA